AUGGAGUACGAUCUCUUCGCGGUCAACUGGGAUGACGAGUAUGCGCAAUGGCGUGCCCAAUGUAGUUGCAUGAGUAGGGCGACAACGAGCGAUGAAGGCGGUUCCGAGUUGCAAAUAUCCAAAUUCCUCGUCGUACGGGGGAUGUCGUGUGGGGGAUGUGCAGCAAGCGUUAAACGCAUUUUGGAGAAUGAGCCCCAGGUGGUGUCUGCAACUGUCAACCUUGCUACUGAGAUGGCAGUUGUGUGGGCUGUGCCGGAAGAUAGAGCUGUACAGGAUUGGAAACUGCAGUUGGGUGAGAAGCUCGCUAGCCAGUUGACAACAUGUGGGUACAAAUCCAGCCAGCGAGAUUCUUCGAAAGUCAGUUCACAGAAUGUUUUUGAAAGAAAGAUGGGCGAAAAACUGCAAAAUCUGAAGCAAAGUGGUCGAGAACUUGCUGUAUCUUGGGCACUAUGUGCUGUUUGCCUACUGGGACAUAUUUCUCAUCUCUUUGGAGUUAAUGCACCAUUGGUGCACCUGUUUCAUUCCACUGGAUUCCAUUUGUCUCUCUCAAUAUUUACAUUUAUUGGGCCUGGACGAAGACUAAUUAUUGAUGGAAUAAAGAGUCUAUUCAAGGGUUCUCCAAACAUGAAUACGUUGGUUGGUUUAGGUGCUCUGUCAUCUUUUGCUGUCAGCUCAGUUGCAGCCUUCAUUCCAAAGCUGGGAUGGAAGACAUUUUUUGAGGAACCAAUUAUGUUGAUAGCUUUUGUUCUUCUAGGGAAGAAUCUUGAGCAGAGGGCGAAGUUAAAAGCUGCUAGUGAUAUGACCGGAUUGCUCAAUAUACUUCCAUCAAAAGCACGCCUAAUGGUGGAUAAUGAUGCAGAGCAAUCAUCAUUCACAGAGGUCCCAUGUGGUACUCUUGCUGUUGGGGACUAUAUGUUAGUGCUGCCUGGGGACCGCAUUCCAGCCGAUGGACUUGUGAAAGCUGGAAGAAGUACAGUUGACGAGUCAAGUUUGACAGGUGAACCUAUGCCGGUAACUAAGAUUGCAGGGGCAGAAGUAUCAGCGGGAAGCAUUAACUUAAACGGUAAACUGACAGUUGAAGUUCGACGACCUGGCGGUGAGACUGUCAUGUCUGACAUACUUCACUUAGUGGAAGAAGCACAGACAAGGGAAGCCCCUGUUCAGCGAUUAGCUGACAAGGUUGCCGGGAACUUUACAUAUGGCGUUAUGGCGCUUUCUUCUGCUACCUUUAUGUUCUGGAGUAUUUUUGGUUCACAAUUUGUACCUGCUGCUAUCCAGCAGGGAAGUGCAAUGUCUCUGGCUUUGCAGCUUUCUUGCAGUGUUCUGGUAAUUGCUUGCCCAUGUGCUCUUGGUCUUGCCACACCCACUGCAGUGCUGGUUGGUACUUCGUUAGGUGCAACGAGAGGACUUCUUUUACGUGGUGGGGAUGUUUUGGAGAAAUUUGCGGAAGUUGAUGCCAUUGUGUUUGAUAAGACCGGAACUUUAACAAUUGGGAAACCUGUAGUGACAAAAGUAAUAGCUUCUCACAGCGAGGGAGGUUUUUUAUGCGUUACUUUUUACUUCCCAUUUAACUGGAACUCACUGCAAAACAUAGCUGCACAUAGGAUGGGACACCCUGAAAUUUGCAAUGUAUUUCCAUGGAUAGCGUUUUUUUUUCCAAAUCGUAUGUGUGACUUAUGCACUUCAUGUACCCUCAGCAGCAGAAGUGAAGUUUAUUUCCCUGAUCUUCCUGUUGAUAAACCAUAUUUUGUCAUCAGAGAUUACUGGAACAAUGAAUGGACAGAAGGUGACAUUCUUAGUUUGGCUGCUGGAGUAGAAUCAAAUACAAACCAUCCACUUGGAAAAGCGAUCAUGGAAGCUGCCCAGGCUGCCAAUUGCAUCAAUAUGAAGGCAAAGGAUGGGUCCUUUAUGGAAGAACCAGGGUCUGGUGCUGUGGCUACGAUUGGUGAGAAACAGGUUUCGGUUGGUACAUUAGACUGGAUUAGGAGGCAUGGUGUUGUUCGUGACCCAUUUCAUGAAGCAGAAAGUUUUGGUCAGUCUGUUGCAUAUGUAGCAGUUGAUGGUACUCUAGCUGGUCUUAUUUGUUUCGAGGACAAGAUCAGAGAAGAUUCUCAUCAAGUUAUCAGUGCCCUGUCUAAGCAAGGAAUUAGUGUGUAUAUGUUAUCUGGGGACAAGGAGAGUGCUGCUAUGAAUGUUGCUUCAGUUGUUGGCAUUCAGUUAGACAAGUGUGAUUUACUUGUGUACAUAAUUAAAUGGUAUCAGGUGAUUUCUGAAGUUAAACCACAUGAGAAAAAGAAGUUCAUAUCUGAACUUCAAAAGGAGCACAAGUUAGUUGCGAUGGUUGGUGAUGGCAUCAAUGAUGCUGCAGCCCUAGCUUUAGCUGAUGUUGGAAUCGCAAUGGGUGGGGGUGUUGGUGCAGCUAGUGAUGUAUCUUCAGUUGUUCUCAUGGGUAAUAGGUUAUCUCAGCUUGUUGAUGCUUUAGAGUUAAGUAAAGAAACCAUGAGAACAGUGAAGCAAAAUCUUUGGUGGGCUUUUCUGUAUAACAUUGUUGGGCUACCCGUUGCUGCUGGAGCAUUGCUGCCAGUGACGGGUACGAUGCUGACCCCGUCAAUAGCUGGAGCACUGAUGGGUUUUAGUUCAGUCAGCGUGAUGGCCAAUUCCUUGCUUUUGAGGGCGAGGAUGAGUUCAAGGCAUCAUGUUCAGAGCAGACAAAAGCCUCACAACACCAUUUCUGGGCCGUCUCCCGUGACGAGGAAGGAGCACCGCUGGGCCGGGGAGCAACGCAAGGCCGAGGCCAACUAUGAGGUCUAUGUAGAGAACCUCAUUGAGGUUGAUUCACAGCUCCACAAUCAACAACACUGCAUUCUGCGAGUCGAGGGAGGCGGAGCGCAACAAAUUAUUGGAGGCGGAGCUCUUCGAUGA